AUGUCUACCCAUGACAAGGAACAUGUUGAAGAUGGUUGUGAAUCUGAUGAGUCAAGCGAUGAAGAAUUGCAGGAGGCCAGAUCCAUGGCGAUUGAGCUUGAAGUUUAUGUAUUUUUCAUUGCCAAACACUUGAAUUUCCAAUUGAUUAAAAGAUCUGCAUAUUUAUAUAUUGAAAUCAAGUAUGCAGAUAUUCGAGAGGAUGUACUAUGUCCAAUUUGUCUAGGGAUCAUUCGCAAAACAAAGACGAUGAUGGAAUGUAUGCAUCGAUUCUGCGGGGAAUGCAUAGAAAAAGCAAUGCGUCUUGGAAACAAUGAGUGCCCUUCCUGUCGUAGACAUUGUCCUAGUCGUCGUGCCUUUAGAGAAGAUCCAAACUUUGAUGCAUUAGUUGCACUUCUAUUUCCAGAUAUUGACAAAUUUGAAGCAGAGGAAUUGGCUUUUCAAGAAGAGGAGAUAGCUCGCAACAAGCAGAACCAAGAGUCAAUUUCUCUGGCUUUCAAAAGGCAAGCAGAAUCUCAAGGUAAGAAAAGGCCCUCGGCAAUAGAUUCGCCUUCCCCUCACCAGCGGAGCAAGAGAUUGGAUGAAGCUUGCUCGUCUCUGGAUAUCUCUGUUGUGGAUAUUAGUGAAGUUGGUGAGGAAACUGAAAUUGAUGAAGCUGAAAGAGAAUCUAUGGGUGCAGUUGCCCAGCUAGAUAGCCUCACAGAGGGAGUUGAAAUGGACGAAGAUGACCAGUUGGAAAUACACAUAAUGCUUGUUUCGAUUGAGAAACAAAGGAUCCCUGGUCUCGAGCAGCCGGAUAUCUACUGCAAGCUCAAUCUGUUGGUUAGGCAACUAUCCCAAGUGAGAUUCUUGGACUCAAAAUACUGUUUCUCAUCUUAUGAAAUUUUAGUCUACAUUAGUAACGUUUCUAUUGUUAACACUUAUAUCCCACACUACCAGUACUUAUUGUUUGCUUUCCCAACUUUUGCUCAGUAUGUGUCGCAGGAAACUGAAGUGCAAGCCGAUGAAAUUGAAAUAUACCUGGUUAAAGAAUUACAUUCCCAAGGUGGCGAAGCAGUCUCUGCUGAUUUUGCAUUUUCAAACCCUUCUCUAAUUGACCUUAGCAAAGACAAGAUGCAAGCUCUUGAUCGCCAAGCUACACUGGCAGAUAUUAUACGAAACUAUAAUAUCAGUGAUGGCAAGAUGGUUCUGGGAUAUGAUAAGAGAGAGCUGGAGGGGGAGAAAUCAGAGUCAGACUCAACUGGCUUGGCAUGA